AUGGUCUUCACGCCUUGUCCGCCUGAGACACCGACGCGUUCCAACAGUUUCCUGAAGCUGCAGCGUGCCGCUUCAUCUUUUUCCUCUGCAACCGGUUGGGACAAUUUCUCGCCUGCGGGCGAGGAUGAUGACGUUGCGCACAGGCUUCAAGCUGCCUUAGGCAGCCCGUCCAAGGUCACGCAGACCUCCUUCAGUCCGGUAUGCAGCCGCGAUGAUCUUGAGAACAGAAGCUUCCGAGACGAGGCCAACCUCGUCAACAGCGCCGCCGCCGAGAGCAUUUCCUGCUUCGUCGCCUGCUGGUCGCCCCCGCCGCGCCGUGCCGCGCCGCGCAGCUCCUUACCUGAGCUCACAACCGCGGCCGCGGCCCUACCGCAUCUGCCACAGCUCAAGUCCCUCCACUCCUGCAGAUCCGCGGGGGCGCACCACGCGCCACAGACAGGCAGCCGUAGCUACGGUGAGGACGCGCGCGGCGCCUCGUCGCGGCCGCUUCCCGGAGCCUGCGCCAGCGACUGGCUGGGAGCCGCUCUGGCCGCCGACAUGUCGGAGGCGCCGCAGCGGGCGUCGCCGCAGCCUUGCGGCGGUGGCAUCGCUGCCGACUCGUCACCAUUAUCGGAUCGGAGGUGGCUUCAGCAAGAGGACAUGUGUGCUGGGACUGGGGCUGGGCCGACUCCGCCGGCGUGUGAGGUCGUCGGCGGUGCACAGGUGCAGGCGCGGACGCCGAGCCGCCUUCACCGAACCCGACGCGUUGUACGGGACAUGGACCACAUGGUCGAGAUGGCUUAAGGUUUCGGAGCCAAGUGAACGGACCGAUUUCUGGUCUGCGCCUUUUCACCUGGGGCUUAUUCGGUUAUACGGUUGAGGUGAGGGGUGUCGUCACAGCUCACCCCGUGCAUGCGCAGGAGGCUGGGCGCUGGGGCUGCUGUUCCAUCCUGGUCCUCGAGACGGUGGCGGUGACGUGGCGUUUAUGUAUUCCUAGGGACGCAGGUGCAGAGGUUGGAAAGAAACAACGGAGUAUGAAUGAUAUUGGGUUCGAAAGUGAAAUAGCAUUACGGCAUCGCGGCAGCCGCGCGACGGCCAAGCGCCGUGACGGCCAAUAAUUGGGUCAGAGUCCGGAUUGGCGGCGCGGCGUGUGCUUCGUGUCUUCAGUGCUAAAGAGAUUGUGGUGAUAGUAGAACACUGCGAUGAGGACCCCGACAUGCAUGUCCCGUCGAGGCGUAAUGAGCGUUUUGCACAGCAGCGCGCCCUGUUUGCGGGUGAGUCCCUCGCGGAAGGGGAGGAAGGAGAACGGCCGGGCGGGGGAAAUGAUUCUGUGGAGCGGCUGUGUUGUUGGAGUUUGGGUGUCGGUCAAUUAGCAUUGUUAGGGUUGCUCGGAAGGAGCAUGUACAAGGCGACAAAGAGUAUACUUGGCCAGCGAAGAGACAGUAGUC